GGGUCGUAAUGAAGAUAACAACAUAUGGGACUUGGCAUUCACAACAUCUUUGUCACCUGUUUGUUGCACAUGCUGUGCAGAUUUGCAGUUGAAAUUUUGACUAAAUUUAUUCUCUACACAUUUCCCUUGAGGAGUAGGAGCAGUAUUACUGCUAGUAGUACACGUUUCAGUGUGCUGGUAAGCUGAAGGUUCAUUUCUGGGGUAAGUACACCUGGGUGCACUGUUAGGUGGAAUGUCUUUUUAAAAAUGUUUUCCAGCUUUUAAUGUCUUAUCAAAAUGUUCUUCUGCUUUUUAUCCCUUUUUAAAGUUUGCCUUCUUUUAUGUAAAAUGAAUAACAGAUGUUUCUGUGGUAUUGUUUUCAUGGUAAUAAUUUGUCUCAUCUUAGCUAUAAAAUGUGCGAACAUACCGUGGUAAUUAACAAUAUAUCAUGAUUAAGAUUUUCACAGCACUAGCUUUCCCGAAGAAGAGCUUCUGUCAUUGUUUCACUGCAGGGCUUUAACAGCUGCUUUUAUGUUUAGUAACAAACUUGCAGCAGGGUGUUCCCUAAUUUCUGUAGUGUCAUCUCAAUUUCUCUCAGCCAAACUGCUGAAUGAAAGUGGGAAGGGAAGGGAAACAACAGACUUGACAAGGCUGGGAGCUACGACUGCCAUUGAUGUUCAAUUUGGAUAAUUUAAAAUUAUCUGUGGACAUUGCCUGUUUGCAGACAGCCUUAUUCAUUUCUCUGAAUAAGGAGCGAUACCCUCUUACUUCUAACAUUUGGCAUGAAAAAUGAGUCUUUACCAUCCCUCCUCCCUGUUUUUUUAAUGGCUCGCCUCAUGGAUAUGCCUGUGCUGUCUCCUCUGGUACAUUAGUGCUUUCUUGUGUUGUUAUGCCCUUUCAGUCACCUGAAGGUGAAAAGGGAGAUCAGGAAAAGCACUUGACUGGACCUCGUAUAUUGGUGAAAACUGGCAAAAUGGAGUUAAACAAUUAUAUUAAACUUCAAAAACUUGGGGUGUCCGUGACCUUGAGAUGCCAGCCAGCAGCUGCGGCUUCGCAUUGAACAUUGUGAUGGUUAUAACCAGAAAGGCCUCUGUCUUCUGUUUCAGCUGAUACCGGAUCCUUCAAGGGUCUUGCUUUUAUUUUAUUUCGUUCAUCUGGCACAGUAUCGAAAUCCAUCAAAUGGUCAGAUAGCUGCAUGUGUCAGACUGCCUUGUCAUAACCAUCAGAAUGUAUGAGUAUGGGUGAUUUUUAUCUCCCAAAAAUAUUCGCUGCCAUUUAAUCAGCUGCUGGAACUUCACAUUCGGAUGGAGGAGCAGAGAAGUUUUGUUUAUGACUGAACAUAGUUUAACUCCAGGUCUGAACAUUGUACCCAUUUGCAACUGUUCAGAGCUAUUCUUCCUGUUUGGGAGAUGGGGAAACUUGCCAUCUUAGUGGAGUACAGCUUGACAGUUUGGUCAGUUAUUGGAGGGGGGAGUGGUAAGCUGGUGGAGGUAAGUUUCCCAUUUCCCAGUUGGCUCCAGUUGCAGCCCGCCCCGUUGCACGCUGGCUGCGGUGGGGAUGCCUGCGCUGCAGUGGGACCAGUGACAGAAGCUGUUCUUUAGAAUUUUCAGGAUGGCUGUUUUCUGCGUCAGAAUGAGGCAGUCCUGCUGGGCAGAGCCAACGCCAAGAGCGAAGGAAUGUUUUGCAAAUGUCCUUCUCACUCUUCCCCUCCACAACUGUAGGCGUUCGUUGUGAAACAUCUUUUGGAGUAUACCCAACAGAGUGAGUCCAACCUGCAGUACAGCUUGUUUUUAGUUUUUGGCAUCUUUAUGACGGAAAUAGUGCGGUCUUGGUCCCUUGCUCUAACGUGGGCCUUGAACUACCGCACGGGGGUUAGACUGCGUGGAGCUAUCUUGACAAUGGCAUUUAAGAAAAUUCUCAAGCUGAAGAACAUCAAGGAGAAGUCUCUUGGCGAGCUCAUAAAUGUGUGUUCCAAUGACGGUCAAAGGAUGUUUGAAGCUGCAGCAGUUGGCAGUUUGUUGGCUGGGGGCCCUAUCGUGGCCAUCUUAGGAAUGGUUUACAACGUAAUUAUCCUGGGCCCAACAGGCUUCUUGGGCUCUGCUGUCUUCAUCCUUUUCUACCCAGCAAUGAUGUUUGUAUCACGCCUCACUGCUUAUUUCAGAAGAAAAUGUGUAUCAACAACAGAUGAACGCGUGCAGAAGAUGAACGAAGUUCUUAAUUACAUUAAGUUCAUUAAAAUGUAUGCCUGGGUCAAACCGUUUUCUCAGAAUGUUCAAAAAAUUCGUGAGGAAGAACGUAAGAUCUUGGAGCGUGCGGGCUACUUCCAGAGCAUCACUGUGGGAGUGGCUCCCAUAGUUGUAGUCAUUGCCAGCGUGGUGACCUUUUCUGUCCAUAUGAUACUUGGCUAUGAUCUUACAGCAGCUCAGGCAUUCACAGUGGUCACUGUCUUUAAUUCUAUGACUUUUGCUCUAAAAGUGACACCUUUCUCAGUGAAGUCUCUAUCUGAGGCAUCUGUUUCUGUUGACAGAUUUAAGAGUUUAUUUCUAAUGGAAGAGGUUCAUAUGAUAAAGAAAAAACCAGCCAAUCCUCACACCGCGAUAGAGGUGAAAAAUGCUACCUUGGCUUGGGACUUCUCCCACGCCAGCGUCCAGAGCUCACCAAAGUUGACCCCCAAAGUGAAAAAAGACAAGAAAGUAACCAAGGGCAAGAAAGAGAAAAUGAAGCUGCAGAAUGAGGGACAGCAAGCUGUGCUGGCAGAACAGAAGGGCCAUCUUCUAGUGGACAAUGAUGAUCAUCCUAGCCCCGAAGAGGAGAGCAGAAUCAUCCACCUGGUUAACCUUCGUCUUCAGAGGACUCUGUAUAACAUUGACUUGGAGAUAGAAAAGGGAAAACUUGUUGGAAUUUGUGGCAGUGUGGGGAGUGGAAAAACUUCACUUAUUUCAGCAAUUUUGGGACAGAUGACCCUGUUGGAGGGUAGCAUUGCAGUAAGUGGAACAUUUGCAUAUGUGGCCCAGCAGGCCUGGAUUCUCAAUGCUACGCUUCGGGACAACAUUCUUUUUGGCAAGGAGUACGAUGAAGAAAGAUAUAAUACUGUGUUGAAUGGUUGCUGUCUAAGACCUGACCUAGCCAUCCUUCCAAAUGGGGACCUGACAGAGAUCGGUGAACGAGGGGCUAAUCUGAGUGGAGGACAGCGUCAGAGAAUCAGUCUGGCUCGAGCCCUGUACAGUGAUAGGGACAUCUACAUCCUUGAUGAUCCCCUUAGUGCCUUAGAUGCUCAUGUUGGAAAUCACAUUUUUAACAGUGCAAUAAGGAAGCACUUGAAGUCAAAGACUGUCCUUUUCAUCACUCAUCAGCUUCAGUAUCUUGUUGACUGUGAUGAAGUGAUCUUCAUGAAAGAAGGUUGCAUUACUGAACGAGGAAGUCAUGAGGAAUUAAUGAAUUUAAGUGGGGACUAUGCAACCAUUUUUAAUAACCUACAACUGGGAGAAACACCACAUAUUGAGAUUAACAUAAAGAAGAAUACAAACAGCUCACUGAAAAGACCCCAGGAUAAAGGUACCAAAGCAGGCUCUGUGAAGAAGGAGAAGGUGGUGAAGAAGGAAGAGGGCCAACUGGUUCAGUUGGAAGAGAAAGGCAAAGGCUCUGUCCCCUGGUCUGUUUAUGGCAUCUACAUUCAGGCAGCUGGAGGCCCCUUUGCAUUCCUUGUAAUAAUGGCACUAUUUGUGCUGAAUGUGGGCAGCACAGCUUUUAGCAACUGGUGGCUGAGUUUCUGGAUCAAGCAAGGCAGCGGAAACACCACUGUGACUUUGGGAAAUGACACUGUCAUAAGUAACAGCAUGAAAGAUAACCCCCACAUGCAUUACUACGCUGGCAUCUAUGCACUGUCUAUGGCAGUAAUGUUGAUUCUGAAAGCUGUUCGUGGUGUUGUUUUUGUGAAGGGAACUCUCAGAGCGUCCUCGAGGCUCCAUGAUGAGCUCUUCAGGCGGAUUCUGCGUAGCCCCAUGAAGUUCUUCGACACUACACCUACUGGACGGAUUCUCAACAGGUUUUCCAAAGACAUGGAUGAAGUGGAUGUCCGUUUGCCAUUUCAAGCAGAAAUGUUCAUCCAGAACGUUAUCCUUGUGUUCUUCUGUGUGGGGGUGAUUUCUGGGGUAUUCCCUUGGUUCCUGGUGGCAGUGGGUCCCCUCAUUGUCCUGUUCAUGGUUCUGCAUGCUGUGUCUAGAGUCUUUAUUCGAGAGCUCAAGCGUCUGGAUAACAUCACACAGUCUCCAUUCCUGUCUCACAUUACAUCUAGCAUACAGGGUCUCUCCACGAUCCAUGCAUACCACAAAGGACAGGAAUUCCUGCACAGGUAUCAGGAGCUCCUUGAUGACAAUCAGGCACCAUUUUACCUGUUCAGCUGUGCAAUGCGCUGGCUAGCUGUACGGCUGGACAUUAUCAGCAUUGCUCUUAUCACAACCACCGGCCUUAUGAUUGUUCUGAUGCAUGGCCAGAUUCCUCCAGCCUAUGCUGGGCUGGCUAUCUCAUAUGCUGUGCAAUUAACAGGGUUAUUCCAGUUUACAGUCAGACUCGCUUCAGAAACAGAAGCUCGCUUCACGUCAGUGGAGAGGAUCGAUCACUAUAUCAAGACUCUUUCCCUGGAAGCUCCUGCUCGAAUUAAGAAUAAAACUCCCCCUCUGGACUGGCCGCAGGAAGGUGAAGUUGUUUUUGAAAAUGCAGAGAUGCGGUACCGAGAAAAUCUCCCUCUGGUACUUAAAAAAGUGUCCUUCACCAUCAAACCAAAGGAAAAGAUUGGCAUUGUGGGAAGGACAGGCUCAGGGAAGUCUUCCCUUGGAAUGGCACUCUUUCGUUUAGUUGAGCUAUCUGGAGGCUGCAUUAAAAUUGAUGGAGUGAAAAUAAACGACAUUGGUUUGGCAGAUCUUCGCAGCAAACUCUCAAUAAUCCCUCAGGAACCUGUGCUGUUCAGUGGCACCGUAAGAUCAAACUUGGAUCCUUUCAAUCAAUACAGUGAGGAGCAAAUCUGGGUUGCCUUGGAAAGGACUCACAUGAAGGAGUGUGUUGCCCAGCUGCCUAUGAAACUCGACUCAGAAGUAAUGGAAAAUGGGGAAAACUUUUCAGUUGGAGAGAGGCAGUUGCUGUGCAUAGCUCGAGCUCUGCUGCGUCGCUGCAAGAUUUUGAUACUGGAUGAAGCAACAGCUGCUAUGGACACAGAGACUGACUUGCUGAUUCAGGAGACCAUCAGAGAGGCAUUUGCAGACUGCACUAUGUUAACAAUUGCUCAUCGCCUGCAUACUGUACUGGGCUCCGAUCGGAUCAUGGUGCUAACACAAGGACAGGUAGUGGAAUUCGACACGCCGUCUGCCCUUCUGGCCAAUGAGAACUCGCGCUUCUAUGCUAUGUUUGCUGCUGCAGAGAACAAGGUCGCUGUCAAGGGCUAAAAUUCAGGGCAAAGUCACUUUAAUUUUGGAGAGCUGCACUCCCUGCCUGUGGCAGGCCAGCUCUCCCUCCUCCUCCAAGCAGAUUAUUGCCUUUUCAUCCUUUAUUUUUUAGCACAGUACGUCAAGCCAGAGAGUUUUUAAAACCAUGUCAGAAGAAUUCUUCUUGUUUUUAUUAUUGUAUUUAUUCCAUAAUCAUAUUACUAAUUUUUUUUUGUUAUUAAAUGCACUCUACGAAUGGCUCAGGGAGCCAUAGUUAUAAAUGUAUCAGAGGCCUAUAAUGAAGCUUUAUACAUGUAGCUAUAUCUAUACAUAAUUCUGUAUAUAGCCUAUAUUUACAGUGGAAAUGUAAGCUGUUUAUUUUAUAUUAAAAUAAGCACUGUAUUAAUAACAGUGCAUAUUCUUUUCUAUCAUUUUUGUACAGUUUAUGGUACCGGAGAUCUGGCUUUGUUAUCGGGCUGUAUCAGACACCAUUUUGUCUCUUACAGUUGUCUUUUCCUAGUGCCAGAUUUUCUGCGUGUCUGAGUGGAAGUGAAGCUUUGCAAUAGUGUCCUUUAUUGUCACAUCAUUGUUGUCUAGCACAGGGGAGAAGAGCACUGUGGUGUAACUCUAUUGCAUUGUAAUUUAUCAAAGCUAUUUGGAGCAUCGCUAAUGUUCACCACGGCAGCGGCUGCUGCUUGCCAUAAUGCUUUCCCAAAGCAGGGUUUUUAGUGAUCUCCUGAGUGGAGAACCACUUCUGGGUCACGUUAAAGCCUCCUAUUUUCUCAGUGUCCUGGUGCAGUAUUUCUGACUGUAUCAGCAGGGUUUAUGCUCUUUCUGCUUCGCUGAUCUAACACAACCAGAAUGUAACUGUUUAUGGAAUGACGUGUAACAAAUUAAUCGUAAGGUUCAAACCAUUACCCUGUAUGCUGGCAGGAAAGCCUUUUUCAAGUUGCUCCAGCUGACUGACUCCUUUAUCUUGAAGCUGCUAACACUCCUCAGAGGUUUAGGUUGGCUUUCACUGGCACAAGUAACACUAACUCUUUGUCCCGCUCACGUAUACUAAGGUUAAACAACACCAAUAUUUCCUGUUUCUUUAUUGCACACUUGUUAAGGAAACAGUCCCCCACUCCACGUCUCCUGGAACUUUAAACGGGUUCCUGCAGAUCAGGAUGUAACACUGGUGUAGGAUGUUGUUUUCUUACUGUGAAGAGACCUACCUCAGGUUACUAGGUCCUGUGUAGUGCGUUGCCAUGAUCGCUGUACGCCAUCCCUGUCCUAUGGGACCUGCGGCCCAGGUGGGCAUGGUCGCUCCUCUAAUAGCCGUGACUUAUUGAAUGGUCAGCGUUGCAUGUCUUUGUCAACUUGGGCAUUUUGUAGCCUUAGCAUGUUUGCAGAAUGUCUCGCCGAGGCAAAAAUCUGAAAAGUAAAUAAAACUAUUUUGGGUUUUGUAAA